AUGUCCUCUUACUUUGGCGCCUCUGGUGCCUUGGGGCCUGAUCACGUAUCCCGACAAAGUCCAGCCGCAAUCAGGUUUCAGAGAAAAACUUCCACAGGAUCAGCACCGUCAGUUCCACCUCCAUCAGUACCUCCACCGGAGAGCAGUGCAGACGAAGAAGAGCCAAGAACAAGCUCAAACAAUAAUUAUUCGUCGACAUCUACAGUAGCUGCUCCAGUUAGAGAACCAACUAGAGUCUCAACUCUGAAAAGAGAAGAAAAAGAGAAAAAACAAAAAGAACGCAUGGAAAAAGAGAGAAGAGAAUUAGAAGAAAAGAGAGUUAAAGAAGACGAAAUGAAGAAAGAAGAGAAUAAUCUGAAUACAACAACUCAUCCAACACUUGGAGAACGAACGAGUUAUGUAGAAGAGCCUCCAUCAACGACGACAACUUUGGAUCGGAGAGAUCGGAAAGCUGAAAAAGCAUUGGUGCGAAGGAUCACGAAUGAAAUGCAAAUGGCUACAUAUGUUCAACAAAUAGAUUUAUCGACAGUGAAACAACCAGUUGGUGCAUAUACGCAAGGUGUCUACAGAAUCAGAGCGUUUCGAUUCGCUGAAGCAAUAUUCCGUCGAACAUUCUGGACACUCGGAAAGUUUAUUGCAAACCAAAAGAUGUUCUCAAUACUCGUAGCUCUUUUCUGCUUUGCGAGUUCUUUCAUUCUGCCUAGUAUUCACAGAGAACAAAUUUAUAUCGACCUUCCAUUCAAUCAUCUUCUCGGUUCUGAUAGUGAUGUAAUCUCAAAUGGAAUUGGAAUUACAACCAAAAACCAAGAGUUUAAUUCUUCAAAUCCGGCAUUUUCAUGUAUGAAAUGGCGAGACAACAACCGUUUUGCAGUGCUUCUUAAGACAAUGACGUCAAGAGAUACAAUCCUAAGAAAAGAUGCAGUUUUAGCCUACACUGCUCUCAAGAAGAAAUUAGAUCAUUUUCCAGUUGAGAAGAGAGAAUUUAUGAAUCAAUGCUCAUUGGAAUGUGAAACUGAUAAAGAUAUGGUUGAUAGAAUUAUCAAGAAAAGUCCACAAGUUGCACUCACUUAUCCAGAAACAUUUGUGAGUAUGAGCAAGGACUCAACUAAUCUGACACGUGUCUAUCUUGGUGCAUCAAUUGGAGGAGUUGAAACAGAUACAGAUGGAGCUAUUUCGAAGGCGUCUUCACUUUUGAUGAAUUUCGAAUUGAAGAAUGAUUUGACUGGAAAAGAGCAUAAUUCAUGGCACAGACAUUUCGAGGAACAGACGAGACUCACCACUGCUCCAAAUAUUUCUUUGAUGUCGUGGUCUCCAGAAACAUUCAAAGAUGCUGUCGUUUCGUCACUGAAGGACCAGUAUUGGUGUCUUCAAUUCUGUCUCAUCAUUCUAUUCGUUUUCUGUCUCAUCUGUUCGUUUGGUGCUAAUGCAUACAAGUCGAAGCCAUGUCUUGGUAUCAUGAUAUUCAUCACAAUUUCCGCCGUUUCAAUCACAGGUUUUUCAAUGCAAUUCUACAGAAAUCUUCCAGUUGAUCCAUUGGUUUAUCCAAUUUGUUUUGUAACAAUUGGAAUCGGUCUUCUCUGGUUAUUCCAAUUACACUUGAGCUGGUCUCGAUAUUCAUCUGCAGCCGUCCAUCCAACUGAAAAAAUUGCGUUCAUUUUGGCCCACGAUGCUCCAGGAAUUGCUGCUAGUGCAGUUGUCAUUGUCCUGACAUUCCUUGCAAUGGGAGCUGCCAUUCAGAAUGGACAUAUGGUUUCAUCGUUCCUUGGUAUUGCCUCUUCUGUUGCUAUUCUUCUAGUCUUCACUGUUUGUUUCAUCUCUGUCUUCGUGUUCAUUGGUGGAAGUCGUGAAGCUCGCGGCGUCAAAUGGUAUCAAAUUUUCAAGACAGGAGAUACUCAUUUCACUGCUCCACAACUUGCUUCUUUCGAUUCUGCGUCUCUUUUCUCUCUUCAUGAUCGUCUUCUUGAUUCUCGUCCAUGUGCUUCAAGAGCCAUCGGAGCAUUCGUUAUCAGCCCAAAAAUCCGCUAUCCAAUUCUUGUUUUGUGCACCGCCUAUGUGUUCUUUGCCAUCUACGGAUUCUAUAAUACUGGAAUUGACAUCAAAGAAGAAUAUUUCCUUCCAUCCGGAUCAUCGGAGAAAACAUUCAUCGAACAAUACAGAGAACAAUUCGGAAAAACAACUCAAUUCAUUGAAUUGACAAUUGAAAGCAACAUUGAAUACCACGAUCAUAAUGUUCAAAACAAUAUUUUCGAUAUUAUGGACUUUGCAAUUGCGGAAGGAUAUGCCACGAGAGCUGUCAACUGGCUUGCCGAAUUCGCGAAAUUCGAAAAAGCGAGCAUUUACGAUGUGAAUCCGGAUACUUUCGUGCCAGUCGUCAAUCUCGUUUUUCUUCCAUCAGAAACAUAUAGAAAAUACACUUCGGAUAUUGUGAUGGAUCGUUUCCAAACUCAAAUUAUUAAAUCGAGAAUGUAUUUGGAGCUAACUGCAAAAGGAUUCUCUGAGAGAGCAGCAUUUGUGGAUACAAUUCUGAAGAAGGCUGCUACGAAGGGAAUUCCACUUUCUGUUGAUAUUCCAUCUUCAAUGUCUCUUCGUCAUGAUAUCAGUGUUUGUACUUCUGGAAUGGUUGCAUUUGGAGUGGCUAUCCUCAUGUUGUUCAUUCUUUCAUUGCUUCUUCUCGGUCAACCAGCUCUUACUGUUCUCCUAUUAGUUACUUCUAUAGCAGUACUCGUCGAAACAGUUGGAUACGCAUAUUUCUGGUCUGUUCCCAUGAAUAUCGUCACUCUUACGAUGGCUCUGGCUGGAAAUGCGUUGACUUGUGUCAUUGUAAUGGCAUUCUGUUAUAGUUAUUCAAUGUCUGGAAAAUCACAAAUUCGUGCAGGAGUGAGAAUUCAAUACACUUUCCAGGCUACUCUUGUCCCAGUUCUUCUUGCUUGCAUUGUUCCAGUCAUUACGUUCCUCCCACUUCUUUAUGUUGAUGUUCCAGUUGUCUACCAUCUUUGCAAAAUUAUUGUACUCAAUGCAGCUGCAUCUCUUAUCAAUUAUCUUUUCUUCUUGCCAAACUUGAUGGUCGCAUUCUCUGAACGUUUCGGUUUCUCGUGCACCUCAUUGAAUUGUGCUGAACUAUGCUGUGAUAUGGAUGAUGAAUCUUCAAUAUAUUAUAUUCCAACAGGAGGACGUGCAAUCCAUCCAGAAGGUCUUUAUCAUCAUCCAUCAUACACUUAUACAGUACCGAAACCCCUCAUGAAUGCUCCUCCACCGCAUUAUCUUGCUAUUGCUGCUCCACCAGUCAACUCAAUAUAUGGACAAACGGAAUAUUCAUCAAGAGGAGAAUUGAAGAGAGAAUCUAGAAGACAUCGAAGACAUAGUGAAUCGGGAGCAUCUGAAACUGAUGGAACACCAAGAAGAGACCGAGAAUCUAGAAGACGUCGACAGAGAAGAGCAGUUAGUAGAGAUAGUGAAAUUUAUGAGGAUCUUCCGAGUCCGAGAGUAGUAACAUCAUCUCGCUCAACAUCUCCACGUCGACAACAACCAGGAAGUAUGCGUCGUCAAAAUCAUCCAUCAGGUUCAUCGAAUCCACGUCCACAGGCAUUCCAUUACGAUGAAGGAGCUCAAUGGCGUCCUUACGUGCAGCCAUCUCCUUAUAUGUUCUAUCCAGGACCAGUUUAUGGACAACAAAGGCGCUAG